CGCACGUCUGAUGAUACGCCUACCGUUCCGGAUCCGACACGAUUACUGCGACACAUUUCCCUUUGUUUUUUUCUUCGGUUUUCGGUUUUCUUUUUUUUCUUUUUCUUUCCUCUUACCAUGACGCUUCGGCUGGGGUUCUGUGGUGGUGUUGAUACGGUGACUUCAUUACAUACUGCGGUAUACCCUUCAGCUUCUUUCAUUCAUUACAGGUGUUUAUUCUUACCAUGCUUUGCUAUUCAGGGGGUUCGGUUCCAUCUUCAUUUUCAAUUUCUUUCCGGUUUCUCACAAGAUUUUACACCGUCGCGAAUUUCCUUUCAAGUCAUUUUGUUUUUGUUUCGAGUCCAUUUUCUGUCCAUUUUCAGGAAAAAGAACUGCUUGCUUGCUUGUUUGCUUUGCUUCUCGUUGGUUUCGCGCGCGCACACGGGUCGGUCGGGGAUAUGGCGUUAUGGGGGGGAAUUACCUGCAUUUGAAUUUUCUUUCUCUUCUUUUCUUCAAGGGAUUUGUUUCUUACGUUUUUUUUCUUUCGUUUCUUUUCUUUUCUGUCCAUAUUUUUUUACCUUCAGUAUUCUUCAUAUGUACCAUUGGCCUUUCGUUCUUUUCUUUAGCUGUACUGUACAUUAGAUUUUACUUGACUGUUGAGGUCAUGGGCGGAUGGGGGAUGGGCGGUGAAUUGAUGGCUUGGGGUAUUCCUAUCA